CUGGCGCCGAGCGCGGCGGCCGCAGUCCCCGCCGCAGCGCGCUGCGAGCCGGCGGCACCGGAGCCUCCGCCGCGGGUCCGGCUGGGCCCAGCCGAGCCGGGCGAGGCCGAGCCGAACCGGGGCGCUCCUGCCUUCCCGCCGUGCCCCGCCCCGCCCGGUGCCGCGGGCGGCCCGCCCCGCCGCCGCCGCCUCAGGAUGUCGGUGCCGGAGCCCGCCGGCGGCGACGAGGUGAAGCAGGCCAAGGAGGUGGAGGACGCUGAGAAGUACUCCUUCAUGGCCACCGUCACCAAGGCCCCCAAGAAGCAAAUCCAGUUUGCAGAUGACAUGCAGGAGUUCACCAAGUUCCCAACCAAGACGGGCCGUCGGUCCCUGUCCCGCUCCAUCUCACAGUCUUCCACCGACAGCUACAGCUCUGCUGCCUCCUACACAGACAGCUCUGAUGAUGAGGUGUCUCCCCGAGAGAAACAACAAACCAACUCCAAAGGCAGCAGCAAUUUCUGUGUGAAGAACAUCAAGCAGGCAGAGUUUGGGCGCCGGGAGAUCGAGAUCGCUGAACAAGACAUGUCUGCUCUGAUUUCACUCAGGAAACGAGCUCAAGGGGAGAAGCCUUUGGCUGGAGCUAAAAUCGUGGGCUGUACCCACAUCACAGCGCAGACUGCGGUGCUGAUCGAGACGCUGUGUGCGCUGGGAGCACAGUGCCGCUGGUCUGCCUGUAACAUCUAUUCCACCCAGAAUGAAGUGGCGGCUGCCUUGGCAGAAGCUGGUGUUGCUGUGUUCGCCUGGAAGGGGGAGUCAGAGGAUGACUUCUGGUGGUGCAUUGACCGCUGUGUUAACGUAGAUGGCUGGCAGGCCAACAUGAUCCUGGAUGACGGUGGGGACCUGACCCAUUGGGUUUAUAAGAAAUACCCCAACGUAUUCAAGAAGAUCCGAGGAAUUGUGGAGGAGAGCGUGACCGGUGUGCACAGGCUGUACCAGCUCUCCAAGGCCGGGAAGCUGUGUGUCCCAGCCAUGAACGUGAAUGAUUCUGUCACCAAACAGAAAUUUGAUAACCUAUAUUGCUGCCGGGAAUCCAUCCUCGACGGCCUGAAGAGGACCACGGAUGUGAUGUUUGGAGGGAAGCAAGUGGUGGUUUGUGGUUAUGGGGAGGUCGGCAAGGGGUGCUGCGCUGCUCUGAAGGCCCUGGGAGCAAUUGUGUACGUCACGGAGAUUGACCCCAUCUGCGCUCUCCAAGCUUGCAUGGAUGGAUUUCGGGUGGUGAAGCUGAGCGAAGUAAUCCGUCAGGUGGAUGUCGUCAUCACCUGCACAGGAAACAAGAAUGUUGUGACCAGGGAACACCUGGAUCGGAUGAAGAACAGCUGCAUCGUGUGCAACAUGGGCCACUCCAACACGGAGAUCGAUGUGACCAGUCUCCGGACCCCAGAGCUGACCUGGGAGCGGGUCCGCUCCCAAGUGGACCAUGUCAUCUGGCCGGAUGGGAAGCGGGUGGUGCUGCUGGCCGAGGGCCGACUUCUUAACCUGAGCUGUUCCACGGUUCCCACCUUCGUUCUCUCCAUCACGGCCACCACUCAGGCUCUGGCGCUGAUUGAGCUUUACAACGCUCCCGAGGGCCGCUACAAACAGGACGUGUACCUGCUGCCGAAGAAGAUGGACGAGUAUGUCGCCAGCUUGCAUCUGCCUUCAUUUGACGCCCACCUGACAGAACUGACGGACGAUCAGGCGAAGUACCUGGGACUCAACAAAAACGGGCCUUUCAAACCCAAUUACUACAGAUACUGACGGACCAUACCCAUGAAGGACCAGACCACACAAGGCAACAUUAGAGAGAUUAUUUUUAAAGAUAAUUUUUAUUUUGGUUUACCUUUUUCUUUUUUUUUUUUUUUUUAACCAACCAAGGAACCUGUUUUUACAUUUAUCAGAUUUUAAGGUCACUUUUUUUUUUUUUCUCUUUCUUCUUAGUUUCACCCUUUUAUGUGAUCACAUCUCUGUCUGAUCUUGGCAGACAACCUGGGAUUCGCUUCUUGCUUUCAUGUGGCUGAAGCCGCCGGUGGCUCCCAACCCUGGCUCCUGGAGAGGGUUUUCCUUUCCUGAUGUGCCAAGGGCAGUUCAUUCCUGCAGCGAUGUUUUGGGGUUGUUUUUGGUUUUUGGGUUGUUUGUUUUUUUUUUUCACCUUUCCAGCCUGCGUUAGUCUCGGCCGGGAUCCCUGCAGAUACGGAGAUGCUGUUCUACCUUAUCUUACGUUUCUUUCUUUGUGUGGAUUAUCUGCAACUUCUAAAUUGCCUUAAAGAGCCCAGUUUUAGCUGCUAGAUCCCUGCUCCUAGCGCUGCUUGGGAGCAGAGUGGCGCCUGCUGGCCACCUCGCGAAUGGGUGACUGUCCCCAAGCCCGGCCAAGGUCCCUGCGCUGAGGUGGCCCAGGUUUGGUGGUUGCUGGCCCAGGUUUGGUGGCCGGCUGGGUUACGGGGGAGUUCACUGUUUCAGGGUGCUAAUCUGAAUUCGGAUGGGGGUCGCUUACCCAGCAUUAUCCUCAUCUCUCCUAGGUUUGGUUUUUGUUUUUUUUUUUUUAUUUUGGGUUGUUGGUUUUUUUUUUAGUCAAACCGCACCUUAAUUGAGUUAAAAACAUUUUUUUUUGUUUAUUUGUUUUUUCCUCUUUUCCUUUUUGAUCCUUAAAAGAGAUGUUUUAAAGCAGGGGGGGAAGCGUCAGGGAUGCGGCUGCCUGCCGAGUCCGGGCGCUUGCUGCAUCUGAAUGGCUCCAGCUCCCACCUAGAACCAUGGGGUGGUUUUAAAGGGUGUCUGGGGUUUUGGCUUUUUAGUUUUUUGGGGUGUUUCACUUGUUUUGAGACAGAUGCAGAGAUGAGCCUUCCCCAUACCCCAGCCUGGGCCCUCUGCACCGCAGACCCCUGCGCAAAGCCCUCUGCUCCCUGCUGCUGUGCCGGCCCUCGAGCUGGAUUGUCUCAGCUCUUCCCUGCCCUCUCGCAGUGCGUUUCAGCCACUCAUCGCAGCCUCCAUCCCCUUCCCCAUCCUUGCUGGUGACGUGUUUCUCUUUUCCAUCUCUUGCAGCUUGUCCCGGGAUGGGGGAAGUUCCUUGCAACCCAGUGAGGUUUCUCUUGGCAUUUUUUUUUUUUUUUUAAUCUUCCCCAGAUUGCCUCUUUCUUCCCCCAGCCAAGGCCAGAGCACGGAGGGAAGGAGGACCCCCGUUGCCUGCCCUGCCAGCAUUUCCCGGUACAAGGAUAAUGGAGAUGCUGUGGUACCCGUGACCGGGGCUGCUCCUUCACCUCUGGCCACCCCAUCCCAUGGACAGGGAUAUGCUGCCUUAGUGCCGUGGGGGUGGGUCCCUGCCGGGGCUUCCCAAGGGGUGCAAAGCUCCUUUGAGGGGAUGGGAGGAAAAUGGGAGGGGAUGCUCGUGGCUUGGAUCACCCUCCUCUUUUCCCCUCUGCCUCCUUGUCCUUUGACUAUUCCCCUUUCUCACCCUGGACGGUCACUUGCUGUCCCCACAGAUUUCGGGGACCACCUGUCUUGCAGGGUCCCCUCCGGCAUCCCUCAAACUUCACGGGGGACUCAUGCCUGGCUCAGUGAGCCGGGUGGGUGUCUGCAGGGAGGGAGCAAGAGUGUUCCCCCCUUCCCUGUGCUUGGGGGUCACAGGCCCCCCCUUUCCCACCCACGUUAGGGGCGAACCUUGGCAUAAGGGCUCCAUCUCUGUAUAAGCCAUGUUGGGGGGGGAGGGGGGGGAGCCCGGGGAUGGCGGUGGCAGCAUCGGGCUGGGAGGGAGAGGUUUAUUUUGUAUAUGAAUGAUUUUUAAUGAAUGCAAUAUUAAUCCUUGCAGAUGAGCAAUAAAUCGUUAAAGUCUAAUUAAAACUAUUAGGAAAAAGGA